UCUGUUCAAGUAAUGUUUUUAUGCGACGGGCGCCGAAAAAUGACGUCAGAUAUCAUUUGACUACAUUUCCCAUGAGCCUCUCGGUUGAUAACUACAGAAGUCAACAUGGCGGGAUUUGGAGCGUUCCUGAAGAAUGCUUGGAACAAGGAGCCUGUAAUCCUGACGUCUUGUGCGAUUGGACUAGUGGGUAUUGUUCUUCCAUUCAUCAGCCCCAUCACAAAGUACACAGCAAUGAUCAAUUCAGCUGUGCCAUACAACUAUCCAGUUCCAGUGCGAGAUGAUGGAAACAUGCCUGAUGUCCCUGACCACCCAUGUAAACCCGAAGGAACCAACCUGCAAUGGCUUAAAAACUUGUAACUGUUCAAAUCUCUCGAUCGACACCCGUUCUGUUAUUUUGUUCGUUUGUGUCUGAGUAAAUGCUCCAUGUGUCCCAAAAUAAAGAUUCUAUAUUUAAUUCA